CCCUGUGGCGCCGGGAGGGAGGCGCGGCUGGGCUCGACGAACUGCAGUUGGGGGGAGCAGCACCCACCGGCUCGGCCGGCAUCAUGGGCCGCAGGUUCUGCCUGGCUCUUGCGCUUACUGCUCUCCCCAUAGUCGCGGCUAAUGAAGAGGUACCUGCUGUUCACCAGGACUCCUGGGGAGACUUCUGGCUGUUCCGGUUUUUAGUCAAUGCUGCAGGCUAUGCAAGCAUUGCGGUCCCGGGUUUCUUGCUUAUACAGUACUUCAAAAGGAAGAAUUACCUUGAAACUGGCCGUGGUAUUUGCUUUCCUGUUAUCAAAUCAUGUGUCUUUGGCAAUGAGGCCAAAUCAGCGCACCAGGAUGAUACCUUGCUAGCUGCUCGGAAUGAAACUGUAGAGUCUUCCACAGCCCGGCAGUUUUUUAAACUGCUGUUUUGUGCAACUGGCCUACAGAUUUCCUACCUGACAUGGGGUGUCCUCCAGGAGCGUGUGAUGACCAGAACGUAUGGAGCAACCGAGUCAGACCCUGGAGAGAAGUUCAAGGAUUCUCAGUUCCUUGUCUUCAUGAACCGAAUCCUAGCCUGCACUGUGGCUGGCCUUUACUGUGCCCUGAUCAAACAGCCCCGUCACGGUGCACCCAUGUACAAGUAUUCCUUUGCCUCUCUCUCCAACAUUCUUAGCAGCUGGUGUCAGUAUGAAGCACUCAAGUACAUCAGCUUCCCCACUCAGGUGUUGGCCAAAGCCUCCAAGGUGAUUCCAGUCAUGCUGAUGGGCAAGCUGGUGUCACGCAAAAGCUACGAAUACUGGGAGUACCUGACGGCCGCACUCAUCUCUGUGGGAGUCAGCAUGUUCUUGCUCUCGAGCUCCCAUGACAAGCACCUCGCCACUGUCACUACCUUCUCUGGUGUGAUACUCCUAGCCGGCUACGUUGCCUUUGACAGCUUCACUUCCAAUUGGCAGGAUGCCCUCUUCACCUACAAGAUGUCUUCGGUGCAAAUGAUGUUUGGAGUGAAUGUCUUCUCGUGCCUCUUCACUGUGGGCUCACUGCUAGAGCAGGGUGCCUUGCUGGAAUCGCUGCACUUUAUGGGCCGCCAUUCUGAGUUUGCUGCCCACGCUGUGCUUUUGUCUGUGUGCUCGGCAUUCGGGCAGCUGUUCAUCUUCUAUACCAUCAACCAAUUUGGAGCAGCUGUCUUCACCAUCAUCAUGACUCUACGCCAAGCUUUUGCCAUCCUCCUUUCUUGUCUCAUCUACGGUCACGCAGUCACUGUGAUUGGCGGGCUGGGAGUAGGUGUGGUCUUCACUGCACUCUUCCUCCGUGUCUAUGCCCGCAGCCGCAUGAAGAAGCGAGCAAAGAAGCCAGCUGUGGAGGGCCCAGUGCAAAAGGUUUAGGGGCUGCAGGGCAACUAUGCCCCCCCAAGCUCCCACCUGACUGUAGGCACUUGCUUAAUAUCUCUCAUGAAUCCAGCAAAGAGCUGGAAAGGGAGAAAUUUUGAUCCCCAUUCUCCCCAUCCCAGCAGAUUCUUUGAAAAAUGCUGCUGGGAUUGGUUUGAAGGAUGUGAGGGACACUUUCUUCCUGUUGUCUUAAUGUCUGAGCAUUUCAAGUCUACCAGGACUUUCUGCUAAAGAAGGGGCUAUUGAGAUCCAUUUUCCAGUGAAGGGGUGCAGUGCCCCACCAACACACUUUGGGGGAAAGAAAGGUUAUUUAUGAUCAGAUCGAAUUGGAGCUUUUUUGGUGGGUUUUUUGGUUAUUUUUGCUUUUUGAUGUGGUUCACCUGCUUACCACCCUGGAGCUGCACAUAAGAGAACAACAAGACCAAGACUUUUUCCAUUUUCAUUUUUUUAAAAUACCCCAAACAUUAUGGUUGGACAGGAAACCUGGCAGCCCCAGCUUUUUCUAUAGAAAAUCAGCACUGACUGAGGUGUUGAACCUAUUUUGCGGGGUAAUAGCCUUUCUUAAAGCACAGCCUCUGACUUUCUGGCUCAGUAUACCCAUCUGUUCUUUUGCCUCACUGUUGGACCUGUCAGGCUGUGCCCCGUUCCCCAACGUCAUUCGGUUCUUGCUUUUCGCUAGUUCCCCAUCGACCAUCCUCUCACUGCCUUGAACUACAAUCCCAGAACCCCUUGAGGCCACUUUCUUGGGAUUUACUGUUGCUGCAAACAGAAAAGCACAAAUACUGCCUUUUUGAAACACCUCUUUGGAACCAGUUCAAAUUCUUUUGCUGCUUUAGGCUAAAUGGAGAAGGAGAGGGUAGCCUCAUAGUAAAAGAAUGUGCAUCCCAAUCCUUUUCUCCUCUUCCCUCCCCGCUCCCCAGUAAUUUUUGCAAAGGUUGGUGGAACGUGCUUGGUUCAUACGGAGAACCAGCCCUAUGGGAGUAGUAUGUGAGUCUGGGCCCAUAUGCUGCUUCCAGUAAGGCUGGGCUCUGUGUUCCACAAUCUCUUGGGUGUUGCAAAGUGUUUUGUGGCACCUUCCCAUUUUACACAGCAAGCAGGCCAAGCUGGAAGCAGUGUGUGUGGGGCGCAGGCUCUGAACUGAACUGUGCUGCCUCUAUAGUCAGCUGGCUUUACCAUUUUUCAUUUUGGAGCCAGGAGACAGUAUCUCUGAGCCAGCUGCAUGAUGCAGGAUAGUUUGGUGCUCAGAGGCUGAAUCUUAUCCUUUUAUCCAGUCAGCUGCUCUCAAAACUGGAUGCAGGAUUGGCAUUGUUGGCUCCACCCAGAAAGCCUGGGUUUUACCCAUUAACCCGUUUGUUGUCAAGCUGACAUUAUCCAGGGGAAAUGGUUUGGUACUCUUGACACACAACUCUUAUUUUAUUAAAUAUAAACUAUGCUGCAAAUAAGUGGCCAGGAUAUGUUUUAUAGCCUUUGAAAUGUGUCCAGGAGGGAUGAUGUUAAGCAGGGAUGGCUACCCUGUGGUCCGCUGGAAUGUUUUUUGGACCAAAAAGAGAUUCUCAAAUAUAUUCAGUUUGAUUUGUCCAGUACAGUUUAAUUGCAUUAUUACCAAGUGGACCUCUUUAAAUCUAAUGUGCCAAAUUAAUGUUACCUUCUUGCCUUUGAGCCAGGAAAACAUCAUUCUUUUCUUUGUAGAUGGAGAACAAUUCUAGAAGUUUUAUGGGUCUUCACAGUUGCUUUUAACUAAGAUCAACUAUAUGUGCAGAACUUGACUUCUGUCUGAGCUAUAGCUCUCUCCUACCUCUCUGCUGCCACAGAAGUAAAACCUCACAAUUGAAAAUGCUGCCAAAAGCUGCAUUCUGUGGCAGCUUGGUUUCGGUACUUUUUCUUGCAGAGGUAGUCUUUGGGCAAGGUUUUCUGCUGCAGAAAAAAACACAGCUAUUUUAAAUAGAGCCAAAAGGAGAUAGCUGAAGUGCCAUUUAGUCUCUGGUAACAGGUAGGCAAGUGUGAAAAGACUGACAAAAUACAGGUAAGUUGAAAUGUUUUAUGACGCCCCUUUAGCUCAUUUCUUCAAAUGAGCACGUGAGGCAAGUGAAUCCAGGGACAAGGGUCCAGACACAAGAGCCUCUGCUGGGUCAGGCCCCUGGCUCGAGUCAAGCAUCUCAGUGUGGCCAACCAGAUGUCUAUGGAAAGCCUACGAACAGGACAUGAAAGCAACAGUGCUCUCCCCUCCUAUAGUUUCUAGCAUAUGGCAGUCAGAUGCAUACUGUGUGAUAAUGGAGAUAGAACCUAGACUUGUCCUCCACAAACUUGUCCAAUCCUCUUUUAAAGCCAUCCAAGUUGGUGGCCAUCAUAGUUAAACUAAGACACCAAAAUCGUAAUCUGUGGCUACAAAACAACAUGUAGAUUUGCUAUUCAAACUGUUGCAGAAUUUGUAAUUUUAUUUCAAGGAGUAUAAAGUGGAUGAACAUAGAAAGUAGGUAUUCACACACAAGUUUAGCUUCAGUGGGUUUUGUGAACCCUGGGUACCAUGAGGCCUAGAUCCUUGAAUUUAACUUUAAAAUAUGUGAAAAAGACUUAAACUAUCCUGCUCACUGAGAUUUGUACUGUUUAGUAGACUACAGAGCUGAAUAUGAUGUUCUAGGAAGAUACAAGGAAUAAGAGGCUAACUCCUAGGACACAAAAGAUCAAAAGUUACACUUGACAGCCAUGCUCCAUACAAAAGAGAAAAUUCCUAUGGUAGGAAAUUCAAUGUUGCAGUCUGAGACAAAUAUUACCAUCCUUGGCUGAUCAACCUGUGGAAUCCACUGCUAUGAACCUGCAUAAUUAAGACGGAAAUAGGAACUGAUUGUUAUAACUAAUGGAUAUAUCUAAAGGAAGAUAUACACAGUUUGGUGCAUUUAAGUCAUGUUUUAGCAGCCUAAACUGCUGGAUUCUGGUCAGAGUACAGUGUAACUUUUUAUGUUGAAGUUUAUCAUGGGCAUGACCUAUUGCUACUAGCAAUAAAUCAAAAAAUCUUUAUUCCAAGAAGCACAAGGUCCUGCCCUACAUUACCUUCAGGAAGACAAAAUUACUUACAAGAAUGCUCUUUGUUCAGUGGGGCUUGCUCCAUUUUAAGGGUGUAUAGCAGGAUGGAGAACUGCUUCCAUCCUACCCUUGUGGGCCAAAUUUGAAAGGUAGGCAGAGCCACCCACUGUUUUGGGGAUUUCAAAGCCAGGGUUCUUUGCAAGCCACUUUGAUCAGCUGAUCGCUAUAGGAUUAUGGGAAAGGGUGGGAGGGAAUGGGUUCAGCAAUCUUCCCUAUCUCCAUGCUUAGGUACUGGUUAGUUGGUGGUAACCUUCAAGAUAUUUUGCAUGUUUUAGUGUUUAUAUAUAGGCUACUGCCAGCUCAUUGCUCCUAAAGAUCAUGCCUAAUAUACUGUACUCAUCAAGCAGGGCUGGGGAACCUCUUUCAGGCCAAGGGUCAUCUUCCCUAAUGUGCAAUCUUCCAAAGGCUUCAUGGCAUGGCAGAGGCAAAAGUGAGUGAAGUAACAGGUGCCCCUUUACUUUUGCACACUAGGCUAUAUUUCAGCUGUGCAAAAAUCUGAAGUUCCUACCCGUGCAUGCUUGCAUUUAGGCAAGAGUCACACAUUGAACACAUUAUGGCUAGGCAAAGCACUCGGAGGGCACAGAGCAGAGCCAAUGCAGGGUAGGCCCUGGGUAGCACCCUGGACUACAUAGAGGCCUGGAAGGCCACGCAUUCAGCCUCUCAAUAAUGUGCCAUCUACUGGCUCCCUGCUGAAAUUAGAUUUGAAAGGGUUCUGUUGUAGUCAAUAGAAUAGGUUGUGUGUGUGUGGGGUUCCACAACAGUUUUUUCUGAUUUGCAAAUGCAUGCACAGGCGCCAAAAGGUUGAUUACCCUUGCUGUAGUGUGACUUUUAAGCAGAUGACUGUAAAGGAGAAGCAUGGAGGAAACUCAACGCCCAAAAUAAAGACCCGUUCAAGCCUAAAUAGCAACAAGAAUUCAGCACAGCAUUAGUUAUCUUAGUACUUACCAACUUCAAGAGUGGAAACUAAGCAGAGUGCGUGCACCCACCAAGACCUUUCCUGUUGCCCAUGAGAACCUGAACCCACUGAAACGAAUUAGAUGACUGGAGGCUUCUUGAUUGCUCAGAGUAUUUCCUCCUCACUUUUUUGUGCAAACAUUUAAGCAUUCCCCCCCCCAAAAAAACCCUAUGAGUGGGUGACCUACCUUCUUAAUGCUAGUCUGAGGAGAGUGUGAGCUGCAGGGGGUCUGUGCACACACAUGUAUGUUAAAAAGGAAGCAAACUGGGCAAAGAGAGACCUUUUGGAGCACCAUGAAGAAAAGCACAAAAAAACCCACUAUCAUGGAACCCCUGAAAACCACUGCCAAAUCAGAUUGCAUUUGUGUCCACAGAUGUUUUGUGGUUUGGGUAUGUGCAUCCCAUAAAUAUCAGUGCCUUAGCUUUCAUACUAUGCAGCUUAAAUUGGUUGAUAAUUUGAGGAAGGUGCCUUGUAAAAAUUGUAAGGAUCUGCUGAUCCAUGUUUUGUGACACAGUGGCACUGACAAGUGCUGAAUCUAUGAUUUUCAGAUUGAGAGUCCACGGAGGCAGAUCUGAUCUGCAACUGCAUGGUGGUUUAGGGGAAGACCCCAGUAAAAAAUCAUGCAAGUGGAGUUGUUUUUAACCUUACUUUUACAUUCUUCCUUUUCCAUGGCCUGUGGCAGCCAUUUUGUGACUUUCUCACAAUUCCACAUGUACCCACAGGAUAGAGAAGGCUGUGGGCCCCUGACUUACACUGCAUUGCUGGUGCAUUCUGGCAUAGGACACCUGAGCCAGGAAUCAGUGUCCUCUCCACUCGUUGUCAGCUGGGGUAUUGUUGUCUGUAUCACUCUGUAACAAGUUCCCUGUGCUAAGUGAGAAAAGAAAUCCUUCACAAUACCACUUCAUUGUAAACCACAUUCUUUGUUGCUUUAAUUCCAAUAAAACAAAACCAAAUACAAACAGCCAACAAGAGUACAAGUCCCUGCUCUCUGAAGACAAAGGGCAGCAGUGAGGGAGGGUGGCAAGGAGUCAACUCACUGCUCUAUUAGUGGGAAGGACAUUCACUUUAUGUUCACCUCAGCUUAGGCAGGAUGGAUGCUUGGUGGCCCAAUAGAAAGAGGAUGAAACCUAAAACCAGAGG